CCCUGAGCUUAAACAUGUCCGAAGACGAUCUCAGCCCAAGAAGACUCACCAAAAGACCCCCCUACAACCCCUACUCCAAAAUCCAAUUUCCCCCUUCCUCCACUCCAUCCACUACCUCCCUCCCCAACCACUCUUCCUCAACUCCCACUGGCACGCCUACUCCUUCUGUCAACAUACUCUGUAACUCUAGGAAACUUCAGCGGAAACUUGAUUAUUAUAUCACGCCUUAUAAUAACUCGGUGUUGUAUGAGCCAUAUAUGACAUUCGAUGAUGCUGUAAUUUUUGAUAAUAAGAUUAGCACAAAGAGAAUAUUUCAGAGAAGCCUAAAUUUAACUGGUCAUUGCUUAAAAAGAUUGUUCUAUCAAAAUUUAAUUUUAAAUAAGAAAAGACCAGAAAAUGCAAAGAAACAUCUGAAAUCUAUUAGAAGAUCUAACACGAGUUUCAAAAUGUUAAAAUAAGAAGCCUAAAAUUCGUUCUCAAAGAAGUUACUCUUGUGUACCUUGCGAGGAUAAACCUCAGGAUGAGCCUGAAAAAUGAAGUAUUUCUAUUGAUUUUUCGAUUGAUUCGAAAGGAUCGCGACAAAAGAUCAUUAAGAUAGAGCAAAAACCAAUUAAGACUACUUUUAAAUAAGCCAAAAAA